AUGCACGUUGCGCAAAAAAUAAACAAAGCUACGAAGGUUGAAAAAAAACAACGCCGGUGCUUGGCCAUAAUAAAAGCUGACUAUAAUGUGCUGCCAAGUGAGGGGCCAAGCAUAUAUUUGGCAAUACUCAAUGUAGGCCUCAGCAAUGGACUCACUGAGGAGGCGUUGCUUAAAGCGGCAGCGGAAACAGGCGGACAAGUGACGCAAGUGAUAGUCUUACCCUCAAAGUCAUAUUGCUUUCUAAUGUGUGCGACAGUAGCUGAUGCGGAGUGUAUCUUUGAAGGCAUGCACAAUGUGGCAGCCAUAGGUCAACAAGGCGCUGUAGCUUACUUAAGCUACGUGAAUCGACUGCCCGAAGUGCAGCUGCAGGAGCAGCAAGCCUGGCAUAGAACGCUACCAAAUGGACUAGUGCUAUUGCCAGAUUUUGUAAGCGUCGAAGAGGAAGCAGCACUGCUAGAAGCGGUUACAGUGGAUACUGACUAUGCGCAGGAUAAGCUCAAGCAUCGCGUGGUGAAGCAUUUUGGCUAUGAGUUCAUCUACGGCAGCAACAAUGUAGAUGCGGAUAAACCCUUAGAGCAGCGUAUACCUACAGCAUGUGAUUUCUUGUGGCAGCGUUUGAGCUGCAACGAGGCCGUGCCCAAAAUUAUUCCGGAUCAGCUGACUGUAAACGAGUACGAGCCGGGACAGGGCAUACCUCCACAUGUAGACACGCAUAGCGCCUUUGUAGAUCCCAUACUAUCGCUUUCGCUGCAGUCGGACACAGUCAUGGACUUUCGUCGUGGUGCAGAGCUAGUGCAUGUGCAGCUGCCUAGGCGCUCCCUGCUUAUAAUGAGUGAUGAGGCACGCUAUGAUUGGACGCAUGGCAUUAAGCCUAAGCAUUCGGAUAUAGUGCCUACGCCGACUGGUAGUCUAACCACGCAGCAGCGCAGUAAGCGCACUUCGCUGACCUUCAGAAGAUUACGACGUGCGCCUUGUGAUUGCGCCUAUGCAACGCUCUGUGAUACGCAGCAAGCAAAGGCGCCCCAGGCAUUGGACGAAGCGCUUUCCACGCAUGCCACGGAAUUGGAAAAGCAGAAUGUGCAUGUGGUCUACGAUCAGAUAGCGCAACAUUUCAGCGAUACACGGCAUACGCCCUGGCCAAAAGUGACGGAGUUCCUGCAAAGCUUUGAUCCGCAUUCUGUCCUCUUGGAUGUAGGUUGUGGAAAUGGCAAGUACCUCAACUGCAAUACAGAGCUAUUCAGCAUAGGCUGUGAUCGCUCCUUGGGCCUCUUGGACGUCUGCCAGGGUCGAGGGCAACGCGUCUUUCGGUGUGACUGUCUUCAGCUGCCCAUCAGGUCAGAUAGCAUCGAUGGCUGCAUCUGUAUUGCCGUCAUACAUCACUUGGCCAGCAGGCAGCGACGUCUGCAAGCGUUGCGUGAAUUGACGCGCGUGCUUCGCCCCGGCGGUAGAGCUUUAGUCUAUGUCUGGGCUAAGGAUCAAUGUCGUAAUGAUCGCAAGUCCACGUAUUUGCGUCAGAAUAAAGCGGUGAACAAGCAACGCACCACGGAGCAGGCUCAACGCCAGCAGCUGUCAACGGAACUGCAGCAGUUAACCGUAAUGGAUAACUUGGAGGUUUCACUGCCGGUGCAUACCAAUCGCACCGAGUUCCAGCAGCAGGAUAUCUACGUGCCUUGGAAGACCAAAGGUGAGCAACGAACCACCUUUUUACGUUACUAUCACGUCUUUGAAGAGCAUGAACUGGAGCAAUUGUUAACUGAAGUGGACCAUGUGGUUCUUAGAAUAAGUUAUUAUGAUCAGGGCAAUCAUUGCGUGAUCUUUGAAAAGCGCAAAUGAGCGUAGUAAAUAUAUAAACCCCUA